CGACUCUGUUAAGCAAAGAAAAAGUAAAAACCCUUCUCCACGCAUUUCACCAACCCCAUAUAUAAAUCAAACGCCAAAACAAUCCAUCAAACCCUAAGGAAAAUCUACCUACAGGAGAAGAAACUUUUCGUCGGAAACAGCCAUGGACGAGGAUCAAAUCCCGUUGUUAGACCUCGAAAAAUUGAAGGUUAUAUCGCCGUUAGGUCGAGGAGCUAAAGGUGUGGUGUUUUUGGUGCAAAAUGAGGCAUCAAAUGGAGAAUUACUUGCUUUGAAGGUGAUUUCGAGAGCUUCGAUUAAGAAGAAGGUGAAGGAUAAGGAUAGUGAUGGUAGUGAGUACAAACGGAUUUGCUUCGAGAAGGAGGUGUUGCGACGAUGUCAACAUCCAUUGCUACCGAAACUCCGUGGUGUUUUGUCCACUGAGAAUAUUGUUGGAUACGCCAUUGAUUACUGUCCAGGACGUGAUCUCAAUUAUCUUCGGAAGAAACAGACGGAGAAAAUGUUUUCAGAUGAUUUAAUCAGGUUUUACGCGGCGGAAUUGGUACUCGCUUUAGAGUAUCUUCACGGAUUGGGGAUUGUUUACAGAGAUUUAAAGCCGGAAAACAUAAUGAUCCAGGAAAACGGACACCUAAUGCUUGUCGAUUUCGAUCUAUCAACUAAACUUUCACCAAAACUCCCCUCUCAAUCUUCAUCAGCAAAAUCCACAUCCUCCCCGAAAUCCGAUGCGUUACCGAAAAAGAAAAAACGAAUUUCACCGUUUUACAAGUGUUGCCACCCUGUUAUCUCGGCGGAGGAGUCGGUACAUCCCGCCGAGUCAGUUAAAUCAGAGACACGUAGCGAGACCCGGUCACUUUUCAAAUCCAACUCGUUCGUCGGAACGGAAGAAUACGUCUCACCGGAGAUGAUACAAGGCACCGGCCACGAUUUCGCGGUGGACUGGUGGUGCUUGGGCGUCGUCUUGCAUGAAAUGCUAUACGGCACGACACCGUUCCGCGGAAUAAACAGGAAGGAAACGUUUUACCGGAUUCUAUCAAAGUCGCCGGAGCUCGUCGGAAAACCGACGGCGUUAAGAGACUUGAUCCGUAAAUUGCUGGAGAAGGAUCCGAAACAGAGAAUAUCGGUGGACGAAAUCAAGGGUCAUGAUUUUUUCAAAGGAGUUGACUGGGAAAAAGUCGUACAAAUCUCGAGACCUCCUUUUAUACCUGGACUGUUCGAUGACGAACACGUAGUUGGAAUUAAAAAAAUCGAUGUAGAGGAUUUUGUCCAAGGGUUGUUAAAGGUUGAUGAUGACGUCAUUGUUGGCGUCAUGGAGAAAGAACAUAAACAAGAACAAGAUGCUGCCAAGGAUCUGUUGGUUUUCUAACUUGAAUUUUUGUUUAUUUUAUUAUUUUAUUUUUUCUUUACAUUUACUCCAUGAUUAUAAAAUUAAAUGGGGGUAUAUAUAUUGACAAACUCAAAAGGGUGGAGUUUAGUGAAAUGGUGUCAGACUAUUUAAGUACAAGUAAUCAGAUGCAGUAAAUGCUUGGG